AUGGAUGACAUUGUUAAGCUUGAUGUUGGUGGUUGUCUGUACACCACGACGCGGUCGACUCUGACUCGCUACCCGGACUCCAUGCUGGCUGCCAUGUUCAGCAGUGAACUUGACCCGUCUGUUCGUGACGCCAACGGGGCCUACGUCAUCGACGGAGACGGGCCCAUCUUCCGCCAUGUCCUCAACUUCCUCCGACGGGGAAAGCUCAACCUUCCGGAGAACUUCAGGGAGUGGGAGCUGCUGGCUUCAGAGGCCGAGUUUUACCAAGUUGGAGGUUUAAUUCAUGCAGUGCAGGCGGAAAAGUGUAAAAGGGUCACUUCAGCCGACGCCAAGAAACGUCGAAAAUUCGAAUUCAUAGAGAUAGACAAGGAUGAUAGCGCUUAUAGCCUGGAUGUAAAGUACAUUGGAAGCAGUGAAACACUGGCAAACUUACCUGCUUUGUUGGAGAUGUUCGAAUCCUCUAAAUAUGGAAGUCAGGUCCUGGAUGUUGUCAAGCGAGAGGGCAAGAUCAUGCAUGAAUCACAAGAUCUUCCAAUAAAAGUUAUCAAAAUAAACGCAUGUUGA